ACUCUCUAACUCACUCUUCACUUUCUCUUCCAUUUCUUUCUAUGCUCUCCACAGAAUAAUUAAAAUCAAACAACACUACAGUUGAAGUUAGUUAGUUACUUCCUCUCAAACUGAAAAAUGACUCAGCAAAAUGUGGUAGUGUCUGACCCCAAAUCCGGAGUUUCCUUAUCAGUUUUCACAACACCACCACAAAAGCCACCGGCUGCACCAGGAGGGUACAUUUCCAUUUCUAGAAGGAGGGUUUUGAAGAACCUUGAAAUCAAUGGAGGACAAAGAAUCAAUGCAUGGGUUGAGUCCAUGAGAGCCUCUUCUCCAACCCAUCUUAAAUCCACUCCUUCUCUCUCUCAAGAACAUACCUCUUGGACUCUUCACCAUCCCUCGGCAUUAGACAUGUUUGACCAAAUCAUUGACGCGUCAAAGGGUAAACAAAUUGUCAUGUUUCUUGACUAUGAUGGCACGUUGUCCCCUAUAGUUGACGACCCUGACCGUGCUUUCAUGUCCGAUUCGAUGAGAAAAACAGUGAGAAAACUUGCAAGGUGUUUUCCUACUGCUAUAGUAACUGGCAGAUGCAAAGACAAGGUGUACAAUUUUGUUCGUUUGGCAGAACUAUAUUAUGCUGGAAGUCAUGGCAUGGAUAUUAAAGGGCCAACAAGAAGUUCCAAAUACAACAGAGAUACCAAAGCUGAGACUGUUCUAUUUCAAGCUGCCAGUGAUUUUCUUCCCAUGAUAGAUGAGGUGUACCAACAAUUGGUUGAUAAGACAAAAUCAACUCCUGGAGCUAUGGUUGAGAACAACAAGUUCUGCCUCUCUGUUCAUUUCCGUCGUGUGGAUGAAAAGAAAUGGAGUGAAUUGGCACGCCAAGUGAAAUCAGUUUUAAAGGACUACCCGAAGCUUCGUCUUACCCAAGGAAGAAAGGUGCUAGAGAUUCGUCCCACUAUUAAAUGGGACAAAGGGAAAGCCCUGGAAUUUUUGUUAGAGUCCCUUGGAUUGGCCAAUUGUAGUGAUGUCUUUCCUGUUUAUAUUGGCGAUGAUCGAUCCGAUGAAGAUGCUUUCAAGAAAUUAAGAGACAGAGGACAAGGUUUUGGCAUUCUUGUCUCCAAAUUUCCAAAAGACACAAGUGCAUCUUACUCGUUACAAGAACCCAACGAGGCAAGUAGAAUAUUUUUUAACUUCAUCUAUUUUUGCACCAUUAUAUCCAAUGCCCAAAAUAGAACUAACUAUUAUUUAUUUAUUUCAUGCAGGUGAUGAACUUUCUUCAACGCUUGGUGGAGUGGAAACAUGUGUCCCUGAGAGCACGUUCCCGGGUGUAAAUGAGUAGAGAUGAAAUGACAUGUACAUCCCUACCCUGCCAUAAAAAUGAAGUUCAGCUUGGGUAUAGAAUAUAGGACGUUUUGUAUUUUUUGUUCAAGUCAGAAGAAAGAACAAAAAUGUAUGGAAAAAGUAAGACAAAAGUGUCUUUCUUAGUUUGAAAGACGUCUACAUUCAUGUAAUUAGCAAGGUAGUUCGUAGUACAUGGGAAAAGUUUAU